UCUGAACGAAAUCGGUGACGGCAUAAUCCCGCAUCUAAAAGAGUUGGUGCACAGUCUUGCAAAGAUAAGGCCAGGCUGUCUCGCGCCCGAGGAAACGAUGCUCCUCUUUCUUUUCCGAACAUCAUUUACAAGUAGGGAUUCUGAUUCUAGUAAGCCGUUUUCUUUUGCUAGCGAAGACCAAGAGGAUCCGCAUGCUGAUGAUCAACAUCACAAAAGCUGGCACGACUAUAGAAAUUCGCAACCAACACCUUCAUCUUCAAGUACUGCUUCCAAUUGGAGGCGUCUUGGGGUGAAACAGCAGCAAACAGGCAACAUGGGAGACAACAAACUUGAGCAAUCAUCAACCAAAGAAUAUGAUCUUAUGGUCAACAGCAUUUUUCCAUCAUUCUCGGCAUCUUGGUCUCCUUUUCCCUUGUAUUCUCGUGAAAUACAAGGUAAAAAGGGUCCAGAUGAGGGGACCGAGAUGCACUCUAGCGCACGCUAAUGAUCAUCCUGUUUUGCUCAUGCGAAGCCCUCUGAUGCGUUGCGCAUCUUCUUCUACUUCUGUUGUUGGUGGUAGUGAAGGACACCAUUCUACGUCCACCACCAGUGAAGACUCCACGUCCACGGCCAGCACCACUAUUGCGUCCACAGUUGCUGCAAUUCUUCAUUCUGGAAGCGCGUUCGAUCCAGGGUCUAGCUACUCCGUUGAUUUUGUACUCGAAGCCGAUGCCCUACUGGAGCAAGAUCAUGAAGACGUGACGAGUCGAAAGCUUCAAGUUCUCGAAGUGUCAGACACUGGCGUCGUCCAGUGCAAUGUGCGACCUAUUGAGGGGAGACUCUACCGCACUUUGCGGCCUUGUAUGUAUGGCAUCCACGAUAAUGAAUGAGUCUUCAACUUCCUCAGGUGGAAGUAGAGUACUCUAAUCUAAGUAGGUGCACCGACUCUCUCAACAAACGUCUACCUGUUUCGCGUAAUUGGAAUUCGCCCUUUAUGUACGGAACAUUGAAUGCUAGUUGCUAGCUCUAGAACGCUAUCAAAGCAACAUUAGAUGAACUAUCACUUAGAUACUAUCUCUCGCAGGAGUAAAAAGCUCUAUUUGAAUUAAUUGAGUAAGCUUUAUUGCCAUUCUUCAUAUGCUGCUCAGUCCAGCUUUGAGGUUAACAACUACUGAAGGACGAUGGACGCGACUCGAGCAAGGUGUGGUUUUGCGUGCUCUUUCGGGCGAAGUAGAUAUCUCAAAGGAGACGCAAAGAGGAGCAGGGGACUCUUGCCAGGAGGUAGUCAUGAAGCCGUAAAGCUAAGCUCUUACUUGGGAACAAGACAUGAAUGUUGUAAUUCGUCUUUACCAAGGAUCUUCAGUAGAUGGAUCAUCUGGUUUCAAACCCUUUUCGUCUUCGUGUCGUGGAGGAAAUGGAGUAGAUGAAAUACAAACUCUAAGAACUCUAUUUCAAGAGUGAACACCUCGGUUACUCUACACAACUCAGCGUCUGUCACGUGUCCGGGUGCAGACCGGUAACGGAAAUGUUGGAUAUGUCACUGUGCGUGAGUUGUACAGCAACACAGUUGGAAAAUCCGCGUCCGGUGAGGAUGUGAGACAUAAUCUCGCAGUCUUGAAUGAGAUGGAGAAAUCAUUGCAAAAGCGCUACGAUGAAAAGCGUGCAGCCUUGAAAAAAUUACGAGAAGGUUCGAUGAGUAAACACAGUGCAGAAAAAACCGCGGAACCUCUGCGAGCCUGGCUAGCGCAUCAACCCCGUCCUAUCGAGGCAUCAAGUACUUACUUGUUGCUUGGUUUUGAAAUGAUACAUGCUAGGAUUUUUUUUGGGAUUGUCUAUCAAGUACAGAGUUCUAACCCUUGCAAGCUCUCCAUGCUCCUCAAGGCCAAAGAUCAAACUAUCAAAGACAACCUGGGCAUCUUCAUUUACAUCCUACUACGGAUUGUUGAUCAAGUGAGUGCCUUCGACUUGCAGUUGCACUCGUAAAAAAGAAAAUGUUCAUCUUCAUGCUGUUGCUCAGGAGAUAACUCAUCAUCUACCACUACCACUACCGCUACCUCUGACAAAUAACGAAUAACUGAUACUGCUCUCACUGGUUUGAUGUUCUCACUCACUUACUCACACUUUCUCUCUCAUACCAGUUGAGGAGACAGCUGGCAAUUACCUUUUGUGGCGAGGUCUCUAUGGCGACGCCAUCUGGAAAGAAGACGAAUCCAGCUGGAGAGAAGAGCACCACCAGGCUAGUGCAGUGGUCGGUGAGCUUGUUUGGUUAGACGAAGGAGAUCCGGCGUGCGUUCUUAGCUUAGAUGGACAUGAAGAAGCUUUUAUGAGAAUUCACAUUUACAUACAGUAGUAGUUGUAGUCGUAAGAGUUGAAAGGAAAAUGAAAAUUCCUCCACGACAAGCACAAGUACAAGAACGUGAGCAUUCCUGCUCUAAUUUCACCGCUGAUGGAGAAGCAGGACCUGUUGCGGAAGUCGUCCUCCUAGCAAAGAGAAGCGAAGAAAGGAUAGUGAACUGGGAUGGCGACUGCGGUAGUACAACUACAAUAGAUGAAUCUGUUGCCCUGAACACGACGGGGGACAACUACGUGGAAGAGGCUGCGUCUUCUACCGCCAAUACCGCUUGUAUGGGAACCAUCACUACAGGUACUUCCACUUUGACCGCGACCUCAGCGUCACCGUCAACAACAUCGAGCGGCAAGAACGUGGUGAUGAAAGUCCCGCUUUAUCGUCUGCUUUCAAACAACGCUCCUACUUUGGCUAGUAGAAAACGAGGUGGUGGUAGAGGCGAAACAAGAUACCAAACAUAUCGUGGGUAUGGAGGAACAACCAGUGAGGACUAUACUAGGGAACAACAGCAUGGUCAAGUGGUCAUAUCGAGCAGAGUUGGUAUCCCGUGGAACGAACCAAGCGUAGGCACACUCUCAACCCUGCUGAGUGCUCAGUUACGCACAGCCUACUCCGACGUCGCAAAUCUCGUAAAUGUAGUGCUGGAUAUGUACGACCCACUACCGCUCAAAGCGAUGCUUGAGGAGCUCAAGCGAUAUCGAAGACAUGCACUCCUGGCUCAAAAACAACAACAGGAAGCGGCUAGCUGGAGGGGUUCUAGCAGAGCGAGGCAACAAGAAGAUGAUACUGAGCCUUUCUGGGAAGAAAUCAUCGAAUCAAUAACGAAUGAUUGUCUUCAGAGUGCACUGCUAGAUGAAACGGCCGCUGUUCCUGAGCAAAACACCAUAGGAGAUGACAAAGACGACAAAAGAAGGAAACUUUCGUCACAGGACGAUCAAGAUUUCGUCUUCCCAUCUUCAAGCAGAACACCAAAGCAUGUUGUGCCAGGACAAGCAUCGUCCUCGAGGAGCCCAAGUUCAUCUAGUACUAGUUCAACAUCUUCUAGUUCUAGAAAAAGAAGAAAAAGGAAUCAUGUGGUGGAAGAAUCCACAUCCUCUUCUGAGUUGUCUCCACAUCAACUUCAUAGUGGUGUUGACUCAGAGCCUCCACAUAAACUUGGUACUGACUCGCUUCUCUGCCGCGUGAUAGUAAAAGCCAGGCGAGUCCAGACUUUGCAAGACAGGUUUAGACGUGUAGGACUGAAGCUUGACAACUUUUCUGAGUUAGUGGCUCGCAGAAGUGCGAACAUACAACAUCUGCGAAGUCUCGCGCCACUUGUCGCGGAAGCCACUAAGGCGGGUGCGAUAGAACAGACUACAUCUACAGAACAGGAUUCGUGUCGUUGGACAGUGGAAGAGGCAGAAGCCGAGGCCGUAGUUCCAUUGACACGUGUCGUCACGGACACAAUCCAGAACCUAGUUUAUGGUAGUUGUGAGACUGUUUGAUGAUGUUGUCUCCGUGUACUUAGUUUGUUUCUUGACGAAGAUGACAAAAAUAAGUGCAAGUUGUAAUCUCGAAGGAGACUCGUCCUCUAUCUGCAUCUAGUAAGAGACAAUGAACUUCUACUACAAUACUUGGAUUGAUUCUCCACCUUUCACUUUUUUGUUUAAUAACCUUCACACAAGAUGAUGAUGAGGAUGACACCCGUCCUGAUGGUCACUAAGAAGUUCUCUGUUUUUCUAUUGCGGUUCACGAUGUUACCUCAAGUAGUGCAUACUGUCCUUACUCUACGUCUACUCCCCUUACUCUACUCCUAAUUCGUACCACAGUUUAGUCACCUUGUGGCUCGCUACAAUGCGGCUCGUGCUGAUCUUUUCCACUACUCAGUUCUUUUUCACGCCUUGGCCGAUCGAGAAUGGCUUUCUGGAGUCUGUAGAGGCGAACGCCUUGAGGCUAAACGAGUCGCUGCUCUUGAGAUGCGGACUGCUUUUCUUCUGCCCUUUCAAAGAUGGCUGAGGCAUUCUGAAAGUGAACAUGAACAACAUGAUGAAUUAGUCAAAGACUCUUCCUCAGCAUCAUCUCCAUCAAGGACAAGAAAAACUUCUACCACAGGAGAAAAAGAGGCUCAACUGCGACAACAAUUUGAAGCAGAUGACGCGACUUCAUCCGGCGUUGAAGCGUUUAUCAAGAGGUACCAUAGCGAUCAUAGAACUGAGUUUGUAUUUGAAGCCAUUCUUAGACGGCAGCAGCAGAAGCUUGAGGACUUUGGUCUCUUCUGCAAGCGGUGCUAUCCUCGUGCGCAGGCGGCUGCGAUGGAAUUGUAUCAGCAUGAACUUUUUCUUGGUAAAAAUAAGGAUAUUUAUUUUGCAGGAACAGGGCUUUCUUCUUCUUCUCCUACUAGUAGCAAUACCACUAGACAGAAUAGAAGAGAACGAUCAAGAACUCGUGGAGGUCCUUCAGAAGAUGUUGAGGAAGUGACCUCAACUACGUGCACACGAACUGCUUGCAGAACGGCGCCAGGAGAUCACAGAAUGACACCAAAGGGAGACCCAGAGGAGCAUGACCACUAUGAGACAAGGUUGCGCGAUACUACGCGCACAGUGAUUGUUUCUACUAGAGGAGACGCGAAGCUUCGCAGGCAAAUGCUGGCCUUACCCUUAUGGUCAGCUUUUAUUCAUUUGCUUUCUUAGCAUCUUUCUGGUCGUAUCCUUUUCUUGAAGAGAAUACAAAAAAAAAGGACGUCCAAGAGAAGAAAAUACAAAGAUGACUUCCCAUAGAAGAACAAUAUUACAAGGGAAAAGCAAAAGGAGCUUUACCGAGUCCGAGAUGAAUCCGAGAUGCCCCCGAGGCUCUAAUACCCGCUUGGAUUGCUGCUAUUGAGGCUUUGCGUAGCAACCUUUUCCAGACGAACGGGCCUGUCCAACAGAGAUUCGAAAGAGAGCGAAGAAGAAGCGAAGUAGCCCUAUUUUUCCAGAUGCAGAAGUCCUACCGCCAUCGGGUGGAAGAGACCCUGUCAACAAGAAAACCUGACCAAGAAAGCAGGCGUGAGGAAUGGAUUGCGAAAAUAUCAUGUUGUGGAAUGAUUUCUCGACAGGGUUUUGAAGAAUUCGAGUUUUCACCUGCCUUCAUCCUUGCGGUAUUUAAAAUUCUGUGGACGACACCAGAGAAUUUAGAGUCAAAACAGAUCUUGAAAGGGCUGCUUGCUCCACCUGAGCACUCUUCUGCACAUGAAGAGAGACGGAUAGGCCCUGCUGCUGAUGCAGGAGAUAUGAAGAGACGAGAGGAUGACCCACUACUGAACGAGCAGCAUGAGGAAAAAGACGCGCCUUCUACUGUCGAAGAGGGUGAAGAACGAAGCAAGGUUCCUAUAGUUGUACCUUCUCCUUCUCUCGAAACAGAAAUGGCAAAAAUCAGCUGUAGUGCUUUGGAAAUCCUAGGAAGAAGUUUGGCAUUUACGACAAAGCCAGUUACAUGCGAAGUUAGCAGUGCGACAGUACUCCCUGGGUCUAUUGUAGAAAUACGGGAUGGCACUUCCAUUGAAGGUGAUGUAUCAGAUACCAUAGUUUUGACAGAGUACAAAGCGAAUUCUUCUACGUCGGCGACACAACUACAAGGUGGGAAAAGCGCCACUACCUCUGGUAGUAGCCUAGAAGUAGGAGUUAGUGGGUCCACUUCCACGACGGACACGACUAAGCAUGAUGUGGUGGAGUAUGUGGUGAGGCGAAAUUAUCUUGAAGACGUGUCCAAAUCAUCAAGAAUACCACCGGAUUCGGACUCGGUGCAGCAGCUAACAACAAGAAAUAGUGCUGAAUCAGAAGAAGAUGGCAAAACUUCUGCGCUUGUUCACGUUUUGCCGAGUUACUACCUCACAAUAGAUACGACUUUGAGUCUGAAAAAAGCGGAUAGUGCCAAUAACGCAAUUGGCCUUCAUUGUGGCGAUCGAGUGGAACUGUGCGCACCACCUGUGUCGAUGAAAAUUAUGGUUUAGAAGUACUAGAUCUUCAUCUAGUUCUAAAAAACUCUUUACUAGAUGCACGUACUAGCUCCCGCGCUAGGUCCGUGUACUAAGAAUAUCGAUAUCCUACCUGGCUGUAUUCCAUUGUAGUUUCGGUGUAAAAACAAACAGGAGACGAGCACUGUAGACGUUUCCGGUUCGAGAUAUAUUCAAUUCUUCACCUCGUGGUCUUGGCUAUGUUCAUACUACUGGCAAGGUUAUGCUUUGCCCUUAAUCAGUCAAAAAUCUAGUAGUCCCUUCACAUUUAUUCCUCUACAGCCACCUCGCCUAGCUCUACUACCUUCUAGCCUGUAGUCCAAGAUAUCUCCGUAAUUAUCCUUCUACAAGUAAUUUUCCUUCUACAACCACCUCUACUUCUACUACUACAACCACCUCUUCUAACCCGUGCUCCAAUGGGGGCCCCAAGACUUGCUACGUUGUGCGCGCACGCGUGAGGCUGUGUACGCCAGGGCGAAACCAAGGAGUCACUGGCUGGAUAACGCUCUUUAAAGAUGGACGAUUGUUCGUUAGAUGAUGACAGAAGCGUCGUCAGGGUCAUCUUCUCUGAGAAUGAGGACAGAGCUUACUUUCAAAUUCAUCAUACAACUAAGAACACCUACUAAGAACAUCCCUCCUUGUACAAAAAAAAUGCGUUUAUUUUGCUAUCUGCUACCAUUCUUUAUUCGAAUUACACAAGCAUGAGCCUCAUUUAUUUUUCUGAGGUGCUCCUGCUCUUACUUCUGAUUAACCCUUUUCAUCGAUCUAAUGAAGUUUAGCGUUUAUCCUUUUCGAAGAAAGAAAAAUCCAAUCAAACAACAGCAGUAGAAAACAUCAGCGCGCAAAUUAAUUAUCUCUAGUUUCUGGUACCAUUGAAAGAAAACAAGAAUGCCACACGAAUGAAAAAGGUUUAGUUAGAUUUUUUCAAUAUCGACGCUAUCGCAUCCAAGAUCGUGCUGGUGCUGUCAGUACCACAUGAAAACAGGUUAAAGUGGUGGCAUGCUAUCAACAUGACUCAAAAAUUGAUGUUGGAGGUUUCGCACGAUUAUAAGAGCGCCGUAGUACAAAAAUUGGAGAACAACAACCUUACACGGUUCUGAUUUCUUCUACUCGAUUGGCUUACUACUUUGAUGUACUGUAAAUGAAGUAUUGCCAUAUUUAUCCGCCAGGGUCGGUCGCCUUGUCGGAGUAGUAGUUUCAGCUGUGCCCCACCCCACAUAGAGAGACUGCUUCAGUACUCGAUUGGCUUACUCCUCCGAUGUGUGUAGUGAAGGCGACCACGAUGCAGUUGUAUCCUUUUUUCAGGGUCUUCAAUCGUGAAGAAGUUGUGGAAAAUGAAAGAGAACGCCGGAUUGAAAACUCCUCGUUCUUCACUGUUGUGGUUGUGGACGAACGUCGUGAUUCUGUAGUCUUGUUUCACAUUCUUUCACCGUGACCACAUGGAAGUAGGAUCAUAAAGACUCCUGGUGCUUUUAUGAUGUGCAUGUGGUGGCGGAUACGCGUCAGCGUCAGAAGGCUACUUGCUC